AUGAAGACCUUCCUCAUCCUUACCCUCCUUGCCAUGGCAGUGACCAUUGCCACCGCUAAUGUGCAGUUAAUACCUAGUUGCCAAUAUCAGCCGCAUCCUGAGGAACAACAGCCAUUUCCCGGGCUACAACCAUUUCCCGGGCAACAACAGCUAAUUCCUGGGCAUCAACAACAUCCAUUUCCUGGGCAACAACAAUCACUUCCGCAACUACAACAGUUGAACUCGUGUAGGGAGUUCCUCCUGCGGCAGUGCAACCCAGUGACGAUGGUGACGUUCCUCCGAUCACGGAUCUUGCAGCUGAGUAGCUGCCAAGUGAUGCGGCAAAAGUGCUGCCAGGAGCUGGCACAGAUCCCUGAGCAGUCCCGGUGCCCGGCAAUCCAUGGCGUCGUGGAAGCAAUCUUCCUACAACAGCAGCAACAACAACAACAGAAGCAAGGUGCUUUCUUCCAACCUAAGAAGAUGCAGCAGAUUGCUCAGGGUUUAUUUCAGCCUCAACAACAACAGUGCGGUCAGGGUGCAUCCGUCCAGCAUCAGCAGCAAUACCAUCUCAUUCAGGGUAUCCUCCAGCCUCAACAACUAGCUUAG